CACCGAUUUCCAAGUUCCCAUAUCAGCCGAAGGAUGACUGGACCAAGAAACUACUUGGUACCGAGGGAGUUAUGUGAUAUCUAAAAAAGAAUUAAGCCAUGGAUUCAGAUGAGUUCGACGAUGAUAUCGCCGACGAAGAUCUGAUCAUCGCCGCCAGUCAGGCCCCGGCACCAGCUUCAAGUCGUGGUCCAGUUGCCAAGAUUAAUCAAGGUCGAUUUCAGCCCCACGCCAAUUCAACUCGGCCAAAUUCAAUGCAAAGCACAAGUUCUAAUAAGCAACCAUUUAUCGACCUCGAUGAUCUGCCGCUGGACGCAUUCUCGAGUUCUUCUGCCAAUAACAGAAGCUUCUCAGGAAGUUUUCGGCAACCGUCUCGUAUUGGUGGACCAACCCCUGCUUACAAACAGACUACCCUAUUUGGUCAGACUAUUCAUCAAGAUCAAGAUCCCGGGUCUUCUCAGGCAAACAGGAACCGUGUCUUCCGUGCAGAUCUACCUCCUGAGCCGCCAACUCACCAUGAACUUGACUCGGAAGCUAUGAAGACUUGGGUUUACCCCACUAAUCUGGGACCGACUCGAGACUAUCAAUUUAGCAUUGUCAAGAAUGGGUUGUUUAAUAAUACCCUUGUGGCUCUUCCAACGGGCUUGGGAAAGACAUUUAUUGCGGCUACGAUUAUGCUAAACUACUUCCGCUGGAUGAAAUCAGCCAAGAUCAUAUUUGUGGCUCCUACCAAGCCGCUCGUAUCCCAACAAGUCGACGCCUGCUUCACUAUAGCCGGUAUUCCAAGGUCACAAACGACUCUACUCACAGGCGAAAUAUCUCCUGGUCUCCGUGCGGACGAGUGGGCAUCCAAAAGGGUCUUUUUCAUGACCCCGCAAACGUUAGAGAACGACUUGUCUUCAGGAUUUGCCGACCCCAAGUCUAUUGGGUUGUUAGUAGUGGAUGAGGCUCAUAGGGCUACUGGGAAUUAUUCCUAUGUGAAAGUUGUCAGCUUCCUGAGACGUUUUACGAGUAGCUUCCGAAUACUUGCCCUAACUGCGACCCCGGGAUCGAGGGUUGAAUCGGUCCAGGAGGUAAUCGACAGUCUUGGUAUCUCACAUGUAGAGAUCCGCACCGAGGAGUCCAUUGAUAUUCGUCAGUACGUCCAUUCAAGAGAUGAAGAUAUCGUAUUACUAGACCCGUCAGAUGAAAUGAAUCACAUCAAGGAGCUCUUCUCUAAAGCGUUAAAGCCGCUUGUAGAGAAGCUAAGCCAGCAAAAUAUAUACUACGGCCGUGAUCCAAUGGCACUCACUACAUACGGCCUUCUUCAGGCGAGGAAGGAUUGGAUGGGUCGGGCUGGGCAGCAUGUUAACCAGGGAGUGAAAUUCAUGAUGAUGGCAAUCUUCUCGGUUCUGACAAGUCUAUCCCAUGGCAUCAAGUUACUCAACUUCCACGGUAUCAAACCAUUCUACGACAGUCUUGUCCAGUUUAGAGAGGAGACCGAAGGAAAAGGUGAAAAGGGCUCCAAAUUCAAAAAACAGAUUAUCGAAUCUCCCAGUUUCCAGGAAAUGAUGGAUAAAAUCGACGGUUGGUCAAAGAAAGACGACUUCAUUAGCCACCCAAAACUCACGUACUUAUCCGAUACUGUUCUGAAUCACUUUAUGGAUGCUGGCGAGGGCAGAGAAGGAGCUACUACUAAUACUAGAAUCAUCGUUUUCAGCGAAUACCGAGACAGUGCCGAGGAGAUCGUACGAAUCCUCAACACCCACAAACCACUUAUCCGCGCCGCUGUGUUUGUUGGACAGGCCGACUCAAAGAGAUCAGGGGGUAUGAAACAAGCAGAGCAAAUAGAACGCAUACAGAAAUUUAAGGCCGGUGAAUUUAACGUCCUGGUCGCAACCUCUAUCGGUGAGGAAGGACUUGAUAUCGGUCAAGUUGAUUUAAUCAUAUGUUAUGAUGCGUCCGCAUCUCCAAUUCGAAUGCUUCAGAGAAUGGGACGAACCGGAAGAAAACGAGCAGGCCGCGUUGUCCUAUUACUGAUGCGUGGAAAAGAGGAGGACAAUUAUGCCAAGUCCAAAGAUGGCUACGAAAAGAUGCAAAUGAUGAUAUGUGACGGAAGUCGCUUCAAUUUUCGCCACGACCUAUCCGCGAGGAUAGUCCCAAGGGACAUCCGGCCUGAAGUUGAUAUGAGAGCCAUAGACAUUCCAGUUGAAAAUACACAAAUCCAGGGUCUUCCGGAGCCCAAAAAGGGGAGGGCCAAAAAGAAGAAGCCACCAAAGAAGUUCCAUAUGCCCGACGGCGUAGAAACAGGCUUCACUAGCGUUGCUUCGCUCCUAGGUAAGAAAACGAAACCAGCAAAGACGGAGAAGGCCUCUGAUCCCAUCGAGGAAGAGAAGGUUGCCGAUAUACCAGCUCUCGGCCAAGUUAUAUUAAACGAAAGACAAACAAAGGAGCUAAAUAACAUAUACAAAUUCCUUCCAUAUAAUAAUCGAGAUAUGGAGGAUAUCGAUCAAGUGGACUUGAAGGCACACCCUAGUGCUCUAAGAACACUUCGGAAAACUGUAGAUCUAAAGCACGGGGAACACGCGAAGCGGUGCGUGGGAUUAUUCAAAAGAUUAUCGAAAGCGAAGUCCGCCUCAGAUCAUCCGUAUUCAGAAUCAGAUGCGCGUCGAUAUCUUCAUCUACCGCUGCCAGACUAUGCACCUGACUCGGAUGGCGAGAUUACCGAUCCAGGACCAGUUCGAAAGAAGAGGAAGGUGGUAGCGCCAACCUCGGAGGAUGGUAACGAAGUUGAGGAGGUAUCAGCCGCUCCAUCACGACCUAAGAAGGCCCUCAAGCCUACAAAACCGAGCCCUGCAGUUAAACGCACCAUUUUAAAGGAAAUCAUUGAGGAUGAAGAAGAGGAAGAUCAUCUCCCACCACCUCGAAAACGUACCACUGCCUCAAAAGCGCAGCCGAGACAAAAGGCAAAGGCCAAAGCGACGACCCCGAAAAAGUCUCGUGGUCGACCUAAGAAAAAUCAAAUUCAAGCAGCCUACGACGAAAGCGCUGACGAAGGCGAUGACUGCCGGCGUACUAGCGACCUAGAAUUGACGGAAGACUCGGACAAUGGGAGCGACCUUGUAGACUUCAUAGCUGGCGACGACGAAGCCACAUCGACUCCCGCAGUCCCGACCUCAUCCAUGUCUUUCGUCGUACGAAAAUCCCGACGCAGGUCUACCUCUCCUAUUUCGCCAUCUGCCUCUUCCAUCAUCGAUAGCCGUCCCCGUCAAAAAGAAAACCAGAAACAACAGAAACAGAAGGAGAAGAAAAAACCUUACUUUGAACCGACACGCUUCACUGCCACUCAGGAUAGCCUUAAUGAUGACGACAGUAUCCCGUCCAUGAGCCAGCUUGUCCGAAGCAAACGCGCUUCAAAGAAAGCCGCUGCUUCCUCUGUCACUAUCCCUACUUCGCCCGCCGGUUCCGAGGACGACGAUGGUAGUGACACCGACGUCCCAGUCCGGAAAAGUGCUAGUACACGUAACAGGGGGAGAGUAAAAACAAAAAGACAGAAAAUAUUCGUGUCUUCAGACGAUGACGACGAUGAUGAUAAUGAAGUACUAGUAGAGGAAAGCGACGGGUAUUAAUGGAUAGAUAACAGGUCGGGUUUUUUUACGUAUUGUCGCUUUGAAAAGUUGUCCUUGCUAUACCCUGCCCCGAGAAAAAUCUGUAGCUACAGUACCUAGCACAAAUCUAAGUUGCCCCUAUUAACC